AUGGGCAUAUAUCCAUCCGCAAGAGGGAUGUGGAACGGAAAAGAGGAGCGAGCAUCAGGAUAUGACCAGAAGGAAGUGCUUUAUAUCGAUCACAAUGGUUGUGUAGGGAAUUUUUUGUCUCUGAAACAACGCAAAUUGUUCCAUAGUACAGCUGGAUCGGGAACUCACAGGAUUCGGACACAGCCGAGGGUAAUGUUCGGGGACCUCCCAGCACCUACACCAAUAAUCGACUUAGGCGGUGCGGAUGAGUUAGUCGGUUCGUUACGUGAGGAUCGAACGAUUGUGAGUAUUGUGCCAGAACUGAAUAUCAUCGCAGAUACCGGUACGUUUCGAUUCACAUUGUGUUAUCGUCGCUUUCUGAAAUGA